AUGAAUAGUGUGAGAAGACUCUUGUCUGCCUCUGUAAUUUCUGUCCAGAACUCCUGCUUCAUCUAUCCUGCCUGUCAAAAAUGCUUUUCUAGGCUGAUACUGGAUUCUAGGAGGUUUAACUGUCUAAAAUGUGGCUGCACAGGUGAAGCUAAAGAUGCCAGCUACAGAUACAGAUUGUCCCUAAAAAUUGCUGACACUAAUGAUUUGUUUGAAAUUACCGUGUUUGGAAGCUGCUUAGAUCCAUUCUUUGGUGUCACUGCAGAAAAUCUGCAGAGGUAUAUUCAAGAGUUCAACCAGCUAUCAGGAGAAACAAGCACUGAUGCAUCUCCAGGAGUAUUAGUUCAAGCAGUGGAAGCCUGUUUCAUUGGAAAAAGAUUUAUUUUUGGAGUUAAGGGUUGUGAAAGUGAAGAUGGAGGGCAUUCUGCUGGUAGCAACAUCUUGCAAAACUGUUCCAGAAUUAAUAGAAGUACAAAAAACCUUAUAGCUUGCCAGAUCUUCCUGCCAAAUGCUGCUGUUACUGGCUUUACAGUUAUCAGCUACUUCCAUCAGCUUCUGCAGUCAGCAAAAUUCAGGGGCUGUAAUAACAGCUCAUACUUACCUGAUGCAUCUUCUGCUCCAGGAGAUGAACCUGUCAGUGAGCUCAGUAGCUUGUUUAGCCUGAGCAGAAACUCCUGUUUUCUUCAGUCAAGUGGCAGAGAAAGUUUUUUAGGGUCCUGGCAGCAUUCCUUCAGCACAGCUUCUUCUGUUGCUUGGGUAACAGCAGAGGACUUUCCCACUCUGGAAGACUUUCCCACUCUGGAAGAGGGUAGGCUGGUGAGUGAACAGCAUGAAGAAGAGGGAAGGUCUGUCUCUGCAGAAUCAUGCAGUGUGAGCCUCAACAAUCAAACUCUUUGGGAUUCACCAUUUUGCAGCUCUUCUGUGAAGGAAGGGGAUAAAGAGGAGGAUAAUGAAUGGAGUUCGCAGCCUAGUCAGGCCGACAGUAUCUCUGCAACUGCUAAAUUAGAGAGAGUGUCCUGUUCAAAGACUGAGUGUUCACAUGGAAACAGUUCCAGGUUGUUACAGCAUCCCUUGGAAUUUGAAGUAAAAAGCAUUUACCCAAAGUCUAAUAGCAGAAAUUAUUCUUACCUAGAAAAAUCCCACAAUUCCCUUCUUUGCAAGAGAGAUGCCUCAGCUUCUAAGCUUAUAAAUGCAGCUGGAGUGUCUCAGACAGAUUCUGUGCUGUGGGAUGAGCUCCCGUUCUCAGAAAGCCUAAAUGAAUUUCUAGCCAGAUUAGAAGACUGCAAGAGUGUUGUAACAUCACCCAGCCUUGAUGUAGGCAAACAUGCCCUUCUAGAAAGUAGCAGGUUGGGUGGAAAUCCUAACAAAUCGUGCCCCAGGCAAACUCUAGUAGCUGGUGAUUUGCCUGAAGCAAGAGUCUCAGGGAGGUUCCUACCACCAGCAGAGAACAAUAGCUGGGAGAAUGUAUUGUUUGCUUGUCUUCAGUCGAAUGCAAAUCCUCCAAGUGAUGAGAUCUCACAGUGCAAGUCUUCCUCUAGUGUUUUAUCUUCAACUGACAAGGAAUGUGGAGCAUCUUGCUUCAUACCUAACCCUCCUCUACCUAUUCUGUCACAAUCCUUGCCAGUUACACCAGAGUCUUCUGUUUCUGAGAGAACGUACGUGCAGUCCCAAGAAGCAAAUACUGACAUUUCUAAGUCAGCCUGGUCUUUUAUCAGCCUGCAGCAUACUGUUGAACACAGGGAAACCUCCUAUUUAGAAGAGAACAAGACAGCUGCUGCUUGUGUGUGUUCUGCACAUGAUAGCUGUUUAGCUGGUUGUGAAAAUAAAGAAAAUUCUACAUCAAGCCAAAGAGCAGAUCUUGCAUUCACAGGGACAUGGGAUCCAGCAACUCCCAACAAUACAACAAGGAUAUUUAAAAGAGGAUUAAAACCAUUGACAGAGCUGUCAGAAAAUACCUUCAAAAGCAUUAUUAGGAGAGAGAUGCUGUGGAACAAUACCUGCCUUGAAGGCAGCUACAAUGCUUCUGCUGAUCUCUUUGAUGCAAGUACAAGAGAGGUAGCAAAACCUGUAGAAUUCGUAAAUAAAUCAUGUAAUUCUUUAAUACAGGAAGAUACUUUGACAGAAAAGUUCACAGCUCCUGAACUGGUGCUUUAUCCAGGAGAUGUUCCCUGUAAGAGUUCAAAACCAAGGUCAUCCCUGCAUAGGUCCCCACCUGCUUUUAGUCAGCACAGUACCCCAGUGACUUCCUCCUGUUGUGACUCAGAAUGCAGUUCAGUUAAUGCUCAAGACUUCAUUCCUUAUUCACAGUCAACUCCUAUGAGAAAACCUCUCCAGAAACCAUGGCCUGUUGGGGAAAGAAGCUCUUUUCUCCCUGUCUUCACCCCUAAAAAUCCCACUAAAAUCCAGUCCAAACACAAGCGAUCCAGGUCUUCCUUCCAGAACACACUGUUGCAGCAGCUCACGGGUAGGGUAGUGAAACGUGAAAGGCCAAGUAACAGGGAAGACAAAGGCAGUAACAUCUGUGUUGCACAGCAGUCCCUGAACAGCCCUCUGCCUGCCAACAUUGAGGAGUGGAUCCCUGCAUCUGCAAACAAAAGGUUGAAACCAACUGCACCUUUAAACUUGAAAACAGUUAGCUGGGCUGCUGACUUGCCAUCAACCCUUGGGGACACUGGCAGGAACCCUGUUUCUGAAAGCAAAGAGAACAGUAAAAAUGAUGUACACUUCAGAAGUGUGAGAUUAAACCCUGGGGAUACAACCAAGAUUCUGGCAACUCCUGUAUCUGCAGGUACCACCAAAGCCUUGUUUUUAAAUGAUACAAUCCUGGAAACAUGUUCCCCUUCCGAAGGCAAGAAUCUCCUCUCAAGUGCAAAUUAUUCAGGGGGUAUGUUGGAAGGGGCAACUGGCUGGUCUCCUGAGCUGUUCUUCCAAGCACAGACCUCUUUUUCCAGUAAGCCAAAAUACUAA